GCUGCUGCUUGCGAUCCGCGACACUCUUGGGCUUCGCGUCUCACGGUCGGUGUGCUUUGCUCUAUCUGUGCGCGAUACGAUCUCGUUGCAUUUUCUUAUUCGAUUCCAUUCGUUGAUUCCUUCGUGAACCCCCGUUAUCGCUUCCGAACUCCCCUACCGACGUCUAGACAUCAACCGUCAGCAUACGUACGACCUUGCCUCUGUCUCUCGCUAUUUUAUCAUUAAUAGUUCGACCAACAUGGAUGGCUCUCAGCCGCAAACCAACCCUACGCAGAACAACCAACCGAUGGUCGCACCCCAACAUUCGAAUUUGAUCCGGACCGACCAGGUACAGAAACUGCCGCACCUUAAUGAACAGCAAAAGGCGCAGCAUACCCAGAUAGUACGCAGCUUCUGGGAGAUUUUGAACACCCGGGAUCCGCAGAGUACCGAAUACCAGUCCGCGCAUCUCAAACUCGCGCAGCUUUCGCAGACCUUAAUGAAGGGCAUGCGACUCUAUCAGGCAAAUCGCCAACAGCAGAUGCAACAGCACCAGGCGGCUGCUGGGGUGGCACAGGGCCAGCCGGUUCAGCGCUCUCAGUCAGCAAACCCACAGUCCUUCGGGCAGCUUUUGCCUCAGAUUCAGCAGAAGGUUAACAGCUUGAACUUCUUUUUGCCGCCGAAUAUCAGUCAGGAGCAGAUCCAGAGUUGGCUGCCAGAGGCGCGGCUACGGUACGGUAUCGCGCUGCAGAAACAAGAGCUCGGUCGGGUACGGAUUGCUGAGCUGCGCCAGCAGUUCAGUCAGCGACAGACUGCGGGCAAUCUGAGCCAGGAGGAGGUGCAGGAUUUCAAGAACCGACAGCUUGCGUCGGAGAAGCUUUACCGUGAGGGAAGCGAUUUUCUGAACAAGUUCAAGGAGCAACAGGAAGGGUUCAAGGCUCAGCAACAACAAAAUCAGCAAUUCAACCGGACAAACGUCCAAAACGUUCAAAACGUUCAAAACGUCCCUCAAGCGCAAGUGCAUCCUGCCCAAACGGGAGAGCCAGCCGCGGCCGCCACGCCAGUGACUGCUGGUAGUGACAAUCGCCCUGUCAACGCCGCUCCAGGAACAAUGAAUCAAGCACCUACCCCAGCCCCUCAUACUAUCAACUCCGCUGUGAAUGCAGCACGAAAUCAAGCGGGGCAAGUAGCCAUGACCCCAACGGCUUCACAGCCUGGGCAGGUGCCACCAACUGCACAAGCACCAGGGGCCGCGCCUACCACCACACCUGCUCCUCCUCAACAACCAACACAACCCCAAGCGCCGCAAGGCACUCAACCGCAAAUGACAUACCCCCAACCACCAAACAUGAACGGAACUACGCCCACUCCCACUACCGCCCCUCAACCGAUGAACCAGCAACAAGUACCACCGCGUCCUCUAUCCCACCAAGCUGCCAUGAACCAGGCAGCCCAGACCUACGCCAACACCAACGCUCCUAGCAGCGUAAAUAACGCGGGCAACAUGACCCAACCCAGCAUGACCCAACCAGCCGCCACAGCAAACCAGGCUGCGAAUAAUGCAACUACCCAGGGCUACAUCCCCAACCGCGCCACUGAGAACUCAGCCCGCAACAUUAACAUGGCUAUCCCUAAAAACCUUAACGUGCCCCCGCCAGAGCCUGUCGCCAUGUCACCUGCUCGACCAACCCUGUCUGGUGGCCCUAGCCACGGAGCGAUGGGUAUGAUGGGCCAGCCCGCUAUCCAGAAGCACCCUGGUUACGUCCUGGAGGGCGAGGGUCAGCGCGUCCUCAGCAAAAAGAUGCUCGACAUUCUCGUCCGUCAAGUCACCGGUGGAGGCGAAGGUGAAGGACUCACACCAGACGCUGAAGAGUUUGUCCUCCAAAUGGCCGACGACUUCGUCGACGACGUGAUAACCGCAGCCUGCCGCCUCGCCAAACUCCGCCCCUCCUCUACCCUCGAACUCCGCGACAUCCAACUCGUCCUCGAACGGAACUACAACAUGCGCAUCUCUGGUUUUUCCACCGAUGACCUCCGUACCGUCAAGAAACCUCAGCCGACGCAGGGUUGGACACAGAAGAUGUCUGCUGUUCAGGCGGCCAAGGUUACUCAGGGCAAGGCCGAGUAAUCCCUUUCUGGUCUCCUUUCCGUUAUGAGAGUCUACUUUUUCUCUUUUGUUAUGGUUCGAGUUUAGCCGGCGUCGAUGGGAGGUUAUCUCUUUCACUUACGCUUUUCUGCUUUUUGGAUUGAUAGUGGGAUAUCAUCGUAAAACUGUUAUUUGCUUAUAGGUCAGGCCAAGUCGAGUCAGGGAACGGGGAAUUGCUGCAUGUACAAUUGGCGUUUUCUUUUCUCUAUCGGUUAACUUGUUACCCAGAAUGAUUGGAAUUGAAUGAUAUCAAGUCACCGCAACAAUACAUGUACACUCACCCAAUUGGAUCAUCCGAAUCGACCGUGGGUGUCGUCUGCCGCCACUUGGAUGCCAAUAAAGACAAAUAAAAGGGUUC